AUGGGUUCAGUUCACGACGGAGCCAUAGGCUCUCAAUCCUCACCAUUAUACCUUGUUGUGUUGGGCCGCAACUCUGGCACCUCCAUGGAUGGAAUCGACUGCGCCUUGUGCCGAUUCAAGCAAGCAACACCCGAUGCGCCGAUGCAUUUUGAGCUGCUCAAGUACGAUGAAGUGCCGCUGGAGCCAACCAUUAAGAAACGCGUCAUGGACAUGAUCCUUCACAAAACGACAUCGCCAGAAGAGCUUUCGGAAGUCAACGUUAUCUUGGGCAAGGAGUUUGCGCAAGCCGUCAAAAUCUUCUCUCAGAGACAUCAUGUUCCACUCUCCUCAAUUGAUCAUAUGUCGUUGGGUCUCAUGGCCAAACCAUUUGGCUCCUAA